AUGACUUCCAAGGAGGACAUUCGCAUCUGGGGCAUGCCCCCCUUCGUCAUCGACUUCUUGAUGGGCGGUGUCUCUGCCGCUGUCUCGAAGACCGCUGCCGCUCCCAUUGAGCGUAUCAAGCUUCUCGUCCAGAACCAGGAUGAGAUGAUCAAGGCUGGUCGCCUUGACCGCCGCUACGAUGGCAUUGCGGACUGCUUCCGCCGCACCACAGCCGAUGAGGGUGUCAUGUCCCUGUGGCGUGGUAACACUGCCAACGUCAUCCGGUACUUCCCUACCCAGGCGCUGAACUUCGCUUUCCGCGACCGCUUCAAGAAGCUGUUCGGCUACAAGAAGGAGCGUGAUGGCUAUGCCAUGUGGAUGAUGGGCAACUUGGCGUCUGGUGGUGCUGCCGGUGCCACUUCGCUGCUGUUCGUCUACUCCCUGGACUAUGCCCGUACCCGUCUGGCCAACGACGCCAAGUCUGCCAAGAAGGGUGGCGAGCGCCAGUUCAACGGCCUGGUGGAUGUCUACCGCAAGACUCUGGCCUCUGACGGUGUUGCUGGUCUGUACCGUGGUUUCGGUCCCUCUGUCCUGGGUAUUGUUGUCUACCGUGGUCUGUACUUCGGUCUGUACGACUCCAUCAAGCCCGUCGUCCUGGUCGGCAACCUCUCGAACAACUUCCUGGCUUCCUUCCUUCUGGGUUGGUGCGUCACCACUGGUGCCGGUAUCGCCUCGUACCCGCUUGACACCGUUCGUCGCCGCAUGAUGAUGACCUCUGGCGAGGCCGUCAAGUACAGCAGCUCCCUGGAUGCCUUCAGACAGAUUGUCGCCAAGGAGGGCACCAAGUCUCUGUUCAAGGGUGCGGGUGCCAACAUUCUCCGUGGUGUGGCUGGUGCUGGUGUGCUGUCGAUCUACGACCAGCUCCAGGUCAUUGUCUUCGGCAAGGCCUUCAAAUAG